AUAAAAUAAUAGAUUAUGUUGAAAAACAAGGUAGAAUAAACAAUAAAUUGCUACAUAAUGAUAAUGAUAGAUUCAAUUAGCAUGCUUAAGCUUGGCCUAAAAUCUGGCAUUAUAUUGGAAACACACCAGAAACGGAGGGGAAGAAGAAGCUCUAUUCAUUUCCUAUUCACUUGUUGAAGAAAACUAAAGGAAAUGGAGUCUUUGAGAAAGCUUCAUGCCAUUUGCAUCCCUCUUCCAGCUCAAGGCCACAUAAACCCUAUGCUAAAACUUGCAAAACUACUUCAUUUCAGAGGUUUCUACAUAACCUUUGUCCACACAGAAUUCAACUACAAAUGCAUUCUCAAUUCCAGAGGUCCUGAUGCACUUAAGGGUUGUCAUGAUUUCCGUUUUGAAACAAUCUCCGAUGGCUUGCCGGAGGAUAACCCACGAGGCAUCGAUGAUUUAGCACGCUUGUGUGUAACCUUGCCGGAGACCGGCCGGAGUUCUUUCCGUGACCUUAUAGUUAAACUUAAUGGUUCUUCAGAUGUUCCUGACGUUUCUUGUAUUGUUUCUGAUGGUGUUAUGAGCUUCACUUUACAUGUUGCUGUUGAAUUUGGGAUUCCUGAAAUGAUUCUUUUUACUCCUAGUGCUUGUGGCAUUUUGGGUUAUCUUCAUUAUGAAGAGCUCAAGAGAAGAGGCUAUUUUCCACUUAAAGAUGAAAAUUGCUUGACUAAUGGAUAUCUUGAUACUAGAAUUGAUUGGAUACCUGCAAUGAAAGGAGUUCGAUUAAAAGAUCUACCAACCUUCAUUCGCUCAACAGAUCCUAAUGACUUAUUCUUCAACUACAACUCGCAAUCAAUGAGCAAUUCAAUGAAAGCUAAAGGGCUUAUCCUUAACACAUUUGAUGAACUUGAACAAGAGGUUUUAGAUGCCAUUAAAACAAAAUUCCCAGUGCUUUAUACAAUUGGUCCAUUGUCAAUGCUGCAUCAGCAUCUUUCUCUGGCAAAUUUGGAGUCUAUAGAAUCAAACUUAUGGCAGGAAGAUAUUGAAUGCUUAAACUGGUUAGACAAAAGAGAGCCAAAUUCUGUUGUGUAUGUGAAUUAUGGAAGCUUAAUAACAAUGACUAAAGAGCAACUAGAGGAGAUUGCUUGGGGACUUGCUAAUAGCAAAUAUUCAUUUUUGUGGGUAAUUAGGCCUAACAUUCUUGAUGAUGGAGAAAAGAUUAUAUCAAAUGAAUUCAUGAAUCAGAUAAAGGGUAGAGCUCUGCUAGUGAGUUGGUGCCCUCAAGAGAAAGUUCUUGCUCACAAUUCAAUUGGAGGGUUUCUGACACAUUGUGGAUGGAAUUCAACAAUUGAAAGUAUAAGUAAUGGAGUGCCACUAAUUUGUUGGCCUUUUUUUGCUGACCAGCAGACAAAUUGUCUAUAUUGUUGUAGCAAGUGGGGAAUAGGGAUGGAAAUUGAUAGCGAUGUUAAGAGAGGAGAAAUUGAACGCAUUGUCAAGGAAUUGAUGGAAGGAAAUAAAGGGAAGGAAAUGAAGGUCAAGGCAAUGGAAUGGAAAAGGAAAGCAGAAGUUGCUAUAAUGCCUGGUGGGUCUUCUUACACUAACUUUGAAAGGUUGGUCAAUGACCUUGUGACAUGAAUUUUCCAUGAUAUAUGUCUAAUUAACUUUGCGAAAUAAUUAAUGAGAGAUGUAAAGAAAAUGAACUUUAUGCUAUUACCAUCCAGAAAAAAAUGAAAUAAGAGGUUGACUGGCCAGGAUGUUAGCAUUGAA